AAAGUCACCCACUUUCAGUGAAGUGAGCCCUACACCGCCGUGGUUGCGAACAAGACGCUUGGACUGGGCCCGCAUAGAAUCACUCUGCCAGCUCUUCGUAAACGGGCAUAACUACUUGGGUGGAAACAUGUACAUCGAGAAGAAGAAGAUAGAGAACAGAAGGCUGACUAUGGAGAUGCUCGAAACUCCGUUAGCUUCUGUCUGGCCUGAAUUGGAUCCGAAAGAUCCCACGUCGAAAACCGAAUUAUCUACUUUGUGCAAGGACGGAGCGGCAUUGCGAGUCUUCAGCGAUAUCAAAGGUGGGGUCUCUGCGAAUCACGUCAGAGAAAACGAAGCACUCGACGCCGACGGGAUUCUCAUUACUAUGCGCGCAAGCACUCACCGCGUCUACUCAGACUGCCUACCUUUGCAUCAUGCCUUGCUUGCUUUGUCACAAUGGGUACCCAUUCAGGAAACAUCAACUCAUGAGAGUGCAGGUCUUGGAUCGUCCCGGGCGGUAUCUAAGCUUCUGUUCUCCUUCGUUCUUUGGACAGGGUCGACUGUCACCAGUUAUACUUCAUUGUCGAUCUCCGCUUACAAUCCUCUUAUCAUGUUGUCACUGAGAGCUUUCCGUGUUUCAAGGUCUCUGCGAAACAUGGAAAGCUCUUAUCUGAACCCACUACUUCACUCAAACUCAGACUCUGGUCUCGAACUAUCGCGAGAGUACGAUACUUUGCGCGUGCCCGACAAGGUAGGCAAUUCGGGGAUACACGAGUAUCGAACGACCCUCUGCAUCUCUCUGUUUCCCGACCAGCACCGGCGUCGCGUUUGCUAUUCAAUUGUGGAUAUGACGGACGCAAAGGCGGAGUUAAGUUCAAUUUAUCAUCUAACUGAAGACCGCGCGGCUAGUCCAUACAGGCCACUGUACGUCUACUUGUCGUGCGUCCGGGAAGCAUUGGACAUAAUUCGAGGUGGUUGGACGCUGGUAUUGGACAAUUUGGAUGCUGAGCUCAAUGUUACGCUGGAGCAAUUAUCGACUGUGGACGGCUUAAAUGACCUCUUGUUUGAUGACCUGGAUCUUUCCACGUCAAGGCAAUAUUUCGUCCUGCUUCAGCACUUGCGCAUAUAUGAGAGGUGGAUGAUCGAGACGUCCGAGGGACUCUGGGAAUGGUACAAUCAGUGGGAUCGCGAUCUCGACAAGUUGGUCCGGGUUUUCAAUGUCGGACCGGAUAGUUACGAUCUGUCACGAGAGUCGCAGCAGUCCCGGGAGCUUCUCCUUGCCUGGGAGGAGACAGCCAAAGAUGCGCAACAAAAGCUCGAACCACUAUUGCAACGAAUUCGGAGUAAGCGUCAAGAUAUUGUGACCCUACGAGACGGACUUUUCAAUGCGACUGCUGUUCGUGAAGCCAUGCAAGGCAGCCAACUCAAUCAGCAGGGACUUCGUCUGAACCGCUACGUAUUCAUCUUCACAAUCACAACGAUCAUCUAUCUGCCUUUGAGUUUUGUUACGGGGUUCUUCGGCAUGAAUAACUUGGCCGGCACGUCACUAAGCUCCUCGAUGAAACCUUUCGCAGUGAUGGUGGUUGCGUUCUGCUUGGGAACCUAUGUGCUCACGUUUGGUAGUCUUGGGCUUUACACCUACUAUGAGAAUAUAAGGAGGGAGAGGGACGAACUGCGUCGCGAGCGGGAAAAACUUGCCAGAAGAGACGGUACCUUUGGCGAGACUGAUAUGCACAGAGCGAAACAGGCGAGGGAAGAGGAACAUGGAUCUACCGGCUUCCCCGGCAAUUUUGCAAGACGUGCCAAAUCUGCCUUUUGGAACGACAUUCCACUGAAGUCAUUGCGGCCAAGGAGAAGGAGAGAGGCAGCUACCGCAGGCCAAGCUUGACGGAUAAGUAGCACGCAAUGGCGAGAUCAGCAGACUCGGAAGGAGCAAGUCGAUACAUGCGCUGGUG